AUGACACAUGCACAGACUCAAGAAUCAAAUCACCUUCAAAGAGGUUUAAAGGUUGAGCAGAAAAAAAUUUUGGACACUCUACUUCAAUCUGUUUAUCGACAGGAAGGCUGGGUGUUCUUUGUCUAUGGAAGUGGAGGCAUAGGGAAAACUUAUCUAUGGAGAGCCUUAAUAUCAAAGUUAAGAUCUGAAAAUCACAUAGUCCUCGCGGUAGCAUCAUCGGGUAUCGCAUCAUUACUCCUACCAGGUGGACGAACAACACACUCGAGGUUUAAAAUACCAUUUGCACUAAAUGAGUAUUCCUGUUGCAACAUUGACCAAGGAUCUGAUCUAGCCCACUUAAUAGAAAAGGCAAGCCUCAUUAUAUGGGACGAGGCACCAACGGCACACAGACAUGCCUUUGAAGCAGUUGACCGUACAUUUCGAGAUAUCAUGCAACUACGUCACCCAACUUCUAUGGAAAAAGUAUUUGGUGGCAAGGUAGUUGUGUUAGGUGGAGAUUUUGGACAAAUCCUUCCUGUUGUUAAAAAGGUUGGUCGAGCAGAUGUCAUAGAUGCGUCCAUUAGCAAAUCCUUAACAAUAUGGCCACAUUGUACCGUCUUUAAAUUAGAGACAAACAUGAGAUUAUUGCAAAGAGAUGGAAAAUUACCAGCAAUUGCAAAAGAAGGGGAGGAUGAACCAAUGUGGAUUAACAUACCUGAUGACUUGUUGAUAAAGGCCAGAGAAGAUUCAAUAGAUGAAAUGGUGGAAAGUGUGUACCUAGACCUUCUUCAAGAAUACACCAACCCAACAUACUUACAACAACGUGCCAUACUUACGUCGAAAUAUGACAUGGUUGAUAAGAUCAAUGAUCACAUACUCAAAAUGAUACCAGGAGGGGAAAAAGUCUAUAAGAGAGCAGAUAGAGUAUGCCCAAUUACUAAGACAGGUGUGAAUGUCGAAGCAUUAUGCCCAACGGAAUUCUUGAAUACACUGCAGUUACCAGGAAUACCAAAUCGUGAAUUAAAACUUAAGGUGGGUUGCCCUUGA